AGAAAAAAAACAUGUUCCGCUGAUGUGAAUUCUUGAUAAAAACCACCCUUCUCUGAGAUAUCAGGGUUGAUUGAACUCCCUGGAAAAUCUGGAUUCAAAAUGGCGGACUGGGAUUAUCCUGCCACCUUGCCUGCAGAACAGAAUCCUUCUCAACAGUGGAGUUAUGUUGGAGCUGGGUUCCCUUGUAAUGAAUGCAGCUACGCUACAACAACUUCUAAAGAGUUAAAGAGACACAAACAAAGAAUGCAUUCUGGGAUUAGACAUCCCUGUGAUGUUUGUGAAUAUUCAACAACAACGUCUAAGGAAUUGAGAAGACACAAAGAAAGAAAACACUCCGGAAUUCGUCAUCACUGUGCAGAGUGUGUAUAUUCUACAAACACCGCCAGAGAGCUAAAACGGCACACGCAGAGAAAACACAUGGGGGCAGAGUUUCCCUGUUACGAAUGUGAGUAUUCUUCCACUACUUUGUCUUGUUUAAAAAGACACGUUCAGAGUAAACAUCUCGGAAUACGACAUCCCUGCUCGGAGUGUGAUUAUACUUCCUCCACGCCGAGAGAAUUGAAAGUACACGUUGAAAAGGUUCAUCUUGGUGUAAGAUAUCCUUGCACCGAGUGUGAUUAUGUAGCAACCGUUGCCAAGGAUUUGAAAAGACACAUUGACUGUAAACAUUUGGGUGUGAGGUAUCCUUGCGAUGAGUGUGAUCAUAUUGCCACGUAUUCAUCUCAAUUAAAGAAACACAAGGAUAUUAAACACCGUGGAGUUAUAUUCCCGUGUCCUGACUGUGACUACACUGCAGUGUGUGCCACAUAUUUAAAGAAUCACAGAGAAAGCAAACAUGAAGGUGUGAGAUAUCCCUGUCUUGAAUGUGAAUAUUCGGCCACCAAACCUUCACAUUUGAAAAGACACCAGCUCGCUGUUCAUCUCGGAAUAACAUAUCCGUGUGAUUUGUGUGAUUAUGUUGCUAAACGUAAGAACGUUUUGAAAGCUCACCAGAGAAGAAAGCAUGGAAAUCUAGAUACUUCGGAAUCUGAUAUUAUGAACCAAUCUUUUCAAGAUGAGGAAGAUGAAGAGGUAGAAGAUGAAGAUGAUUCUAUGUUUCCUAUCAAAUGUGAACCAGAAGAUGCUCUUCCUGAACCUUCAGUUGAUGAAACGGAAGAAACCCAAGAAGAUGAUGAUUACACUGAUCUAGUGCUUCCAAUAACUGAUAUGGUUAAAUCUGAACCCGAACCUGAAAAUGAUCUUGAAAAUGCCAUUUAUGAAGGAUAUAAUGAAGAUAUCAAUAUUAAAGAAGAGAAAGAGGAAGAGAAGGAGGAAGAUCUAAAUCCUGCCGAUUCACUAGACCCGGGUAACUCAAAAGUAACAAAAUUAAAGUACCCCUGUACUGAAUGUGACUACUCGGCCUCCAAAGCAAGAGACUUGAAAAUACACAAGAAGAGUCGACAUCAUGCAGUUCGGUUUCCUUGUAGUCAAUGUGAGUAUUCCACAACCACUUCCAAAGAAUUAAAACGACACAUUGAGAGAAAGCACUUGGGUAUAAAACAUCCAUGUGAUCAGUGUGAGUAUUCCACUAACACCAAUAGGGAACUGAAAAGACAUCAAGUGCGGAAACAUUCAGGGGUAACGCAUCCUUGUGAUGAAUGUGACUAUACAGCGACAAAUAAACCACAGUUGAAAAGACACAAGGAUACAAAACACACUGAGGUAUUGUACCCCUGUACUGAAUGCGAUUAUACAGCAACACAUUUUUCCUACUUAAAAAGACACCGGGAAAGUAAGCAUGACGGUGUGAGGUAUCCAUGUCCAGAAUGUGAUUACUCCGCAACUAAACCGUCACAUUUAAAAAGACACGAAGAAGCGCUUCAUCUUGGAGUAACAUAUCCAUGUACUGAAUGUGAAUACAUUGCUAAGCGUGUAAGUGUUCUCAAAGAGCACAGAUUAAAGAAACAUUCGAUUCAUGACAAUUCAGAGGAUGAUAUUAAUGAUUCUAUAAAUGAUUUUGCCAUGAAAAUGGAACCCAUGACUAUUAAAGAAGAAAAUGCGUGGUAAAAAUAUCCUGAUGUAAAUGGGACUGUUCCUUGAGAUUUAGAUGGAUCUGGUUUUUAAAAUGGAGAAACCGAUGGAAACCUUAUUUGUUAAUAAAUGAUUAUUAUUUGUUCA